UUCCUUUUUCGUGUUGACUGUAUCUCGAAUUUUUUCGACCUGGGCAUUUUUUUUCUCUUCCACCAGCUGUAAGCAAAUUUUACGUGACCUGGAAAAGAAAAAGAAAACGAAAAUUGUUUAGAGAAGUGGGCUGAUUUUGUAGAUUUUUCACUCUGAGCAAGCGUACAGAACUAGAGAAUUUCAACGAACUGUUAACAAGAAGACAUUCUUUCCAGUUUGCGUUUCCUAUUUUUAUUGAUAACUAAUUGACGUUAUUACUUUGUGUCUGUCAUUAUACGUGACUGGACUUCGUGAAAAAUAUGCUUAACUUUAUAGGCCAACAUCUUCAAUUGUUCGAGACGAAGAAAAUGACGUAAAAGGAUCAAUUGGUGAACAAAUUGGGUUUCACUGGUUAUAAAAAAUUACAGAGUAUAUUACAUGUCACUGCACAACCUCUCUUACUGGUGUGGUGCAGCCUUGUCUGGAGAAAUAAUUAAUGGCUGAUGGUGUGUGUGUUUGUGUCACAAAAGUAUAUUUGUAAAUAUUGCCCAUCCGGUCAUUAUGAACAAAUACGACUGGCCAGAAAUCGGUUUCUGUGGGUUGAACUUGUCCUGGGGUGGAAAAAAAAAAAAAAGAAAAAGAAAAAGAAAAAAGAAAAAAGAAAAAAGAAAAAAAAAGUUGCCUAACCGGGCACACAGACAAUUUUUACUACCUUAUAAUGUAAAGAAUGUGUUUCAUCUCAGACUUUAGGCAAUUCAGCGCUACAACAUUCUGUUUUGGCCAGAUUGUUACAGGCAUAUAUAGUGGUACCAGAGUAUUAACGUUCGCAGCACUUCUUACACUGCCACGAAAUGUUGACCAGCAAAAUCGAAAGUUGCGGCGACUUGCACCCAUUGAGUCGCUUCCCUUGAAUAGCAUUGCUGUUGUCAUAGGACAUUGCGCAUCGCAUCUAUUUUUGUGCGUAUUUUUAAAAGUUAUAAUCCUCAGAUUUUGGAAAUAUGUUCAUCUGUAUUAUACAGAUUCUUUCUUUUUCAAUUAGGUUUAAUUAUUGUUAGUUUUUUGGUUGUUUUCCCAGUGAUUUACUUAGUUGUCCAACUCAGCUGUAGCGCGUAGUCAUCAGAGGGAGUAAUACAGGAACAGCCAAAGCAUUAGCAUACGGCAAAAUGAACGUCAAUGGCGCUCUCCCUUCAGUAUGAGAGCGAAAAUUAUGAGAAAACUGAAGCUGGAUUGAUGAAUUCUGCUGGAAGUAGUCGGCGUGCCCAGCAGGAAUUCAGAUAUAAUCCUGGAGCUAAGUCAUUUGAUCCAGGAUUUCAAGACAAGUAUGGGAUACCAUCCAGCAAUGCAAAUGACCGACUUCAAAGAGACAUGGUGAAGAAUUUGGGUACCAAUUAUAAAAAUGGGCAGACACAAAGUCGAUCUUUAACAGAUAUAUUUCACACGUACCAAAAUCAGUAUCAGCAUCACCCUCAACAUCACCAGCAAAACCACCACCAAGAAGGUGGAAUAGGAAAGACUUCUACCACUUCUACCUCCAUUUCAUCGUUUCCUGUACACGAUGGCCUCAACAGCUAUCCUGGCUGGGGGGACUUCUCACACUUUUCCACCCCAACUCCUAGCACUUCAGGCUGCGCUAUGGCCUCCACAUACUCUCAAGGUGUUACCUCAUCUGCCUUCCAUCACCGAAUGCAGAACAUGGCUGACAGCAGGCCAGGGGUCACCAGUCCACCCAUGGCUGAUGGCAGCCAGCACAAUUUGCAGCAGCCAGUGUCUCCGUUUCUCAGCGAUGGACACAGCGUUAGUGGCAGCACUGGCUUAGAUGGCAGCACUAAUGAUAAGUAUGGCCUGAACAGUAGUUGCUCCAGUGACAAGUUUUCAACUCUUGAUGAUAUGGUUAGCAAAAUUGUGGAUGAUGAGUCAAACUUCUUCUCAACGGAUGCCAUGGGUAACUUUGGGCCAGAGGAUUCAAGAUCUCAUACAACAUCAGAUGUCUUCUCUUUUGAUGAAUCUCCAAGCUACAAUAAUAGCAACAUGUGGUCUACAUGCAGUGAAGAAGUAUCACCAUCAGGACACGGGAGUCAGGCUGUUGGCAGCAAGACUUCAAUACCUGAUGCUCGCGGCAGCUCGUCAUACAGCAGCUAUGAGCAUGCCUUAGGUUUCCCUGUGACACAGCUUUGGGAUGACCGCUAUGCGGACAGUGGCAUCUCAUCUAGUCUUCAUUCUCAAAAUGACCAAGUCUUUUCUCCAGUGUUCUCAGAUUUUGAACCCCAUCAUCAGAAGGAAAGAGAUUCUCACAACAACAACCUGAUAGAUGGACUUGAUGACUCCGAACUUCUUCUGCAGAAGUUUCUGACACAGCUACAGUUCUCAGGGAACUUAGUAGCAGGGAACAAACAUGACCUCAACAGUCCUUCCAUGACAGGAUCCAGAGAGCACACUGGCCCCCUUAACCUUCCUCUCCACCCUACUGUACCUUCUCAGCACCACCCUCUUGGCCCUCACCUCAGUAAUGGUACAAAUGUCAUGGACCUUGGAUCACCAAAACUUCAAGAUUAUGCAGCUUCUGAUAUGAGCUUGGCACUUUCCCCUUCAUCAGUAUCCAAGAAUGGCAGUGAUGUUGCACCCCGUCUGUUUGGAUCUCCUCUUACCUUGUCUCUGUCAUCUAAUCAGCAGCAGUCACAGCCACAGCUUCAUUACCAAAUGUCAACCCCACAAAACCACUCAUCCAGUCAAUUGCUAUCAUCAUCAGAGUUAAUGCAAAACAUGUCGCCCAUUCCUAGUCUGUUGUCUUCUGGCAACAUCCACGGAACUGUUUCUUCCUGUCAGUUCCAGGGUAUUGAGUCAUUGCUGAAACAGGAUAGGGUCUUCCAGGGAAGAGGAGGGUACAGUGAAUCCAGCUCUGUCAACAGCCCCAUCUCUUCUAGUAUGGGAGGUAGUUCCCAGCAUCAGGAGAUACAAUCAAUCUCACAGCAUCAUCAUAAACAAACGGCACAUUCAGGUGUAGCGUACUCCACAGCUGACAAUAAUAUAAACAGUCUGCUGCAGCCAGUUCAUAUGAACACCCACAGCCACAAUUUUUCUCAGACAUUUUCUCAUGGUGUACCAGGAGGAAGUAAUGCUGGUCAGCCUUGGUCUAUAGCCAGCACGUUGAGUUCAGGGAAUGGGGACAGCACAAGUGGGAUGGGAACAGGGUUUUCAUCCUCUUUAGAUCGUCAGAUUUUUGGGCUGCAGCAGCAGCAGCAACAUCAGCACCAACAGCAGACUUCUCCAGUUAUUACAUCGUCAGGAUCAUCUCCUAACUUAUCUAAUAUUCAUCUUGUUAAUCACCACCUACACAACCUUCACCUCAAUAAUACCUCCUUACCUGGCAAACAGUCACAUCCCCAUAUUGCUAGGAAUGGACCAUUUCCACCCGAGCUGGCGACUCAAGUUGUGCAUCAACACGAUCGGCUCAAUCUUCAAGCAGUCCUUGCUCAAAAUGCCAACAUUUUCAAUAACAACUUGAUUAAGAAAGCCCGCCAUCUUUUUCCAUCUGGAUUUGACCAUGUUGCUCCACAUUAUGAAAAAUGGCCAUCAUCAAGUAUUCCCAUUAACAGUGUUAGUGUUGGUGGUGGUGUGUUUGGUACUGGAGUGGUCCAGACAGGUGCCGGAGCAUCACAGGGAGACCACCUUAAUCCUAACUUAACUGAGCUUCAGGCAGCUCUCAUAGAACAAGAGAGAGCAGUUCUUGAACAAUCAGCACACAGGCGACUUUUUCCUGAAGAAAUUCUUCUGCAUCCUCAUCCCCAUCCUCCGCACCUAGACCCACAUGCCCUGCGCCACCCCUUGCCCCAGCAACUCCCAUUUUUACAGCCCUUCCCCUCUGCUCUGCCACCUGGUUUUCCAUCAGGAGCAGCCCUUCUCAGCCCCCACAGUGCCUUAACCCCUGAGGCGUUGGACUAUUAUCCAGCCAUCGACGCCUUUGGUCGUGUAGCACCUACACUUCUUCCCCCAGAGGUGUUGUAUGACAUCAACACAUACCAGCUGCUUGGCCUUCACCCACUUUUUGCUGGUUUUAGACCUUUCAGGAGGAGUGGCCCUUCCAAUGAGCUGCAUACAAAACUGGAAGAGUGCUAUGAGCAGUUCAAAGCUAUUGAAAAAGAAAGGAAAAAGACUGAAGCAGAACUUGCCAGACAAAAUCCUGGAAAGAAAGUGUCUAGUACAAACAACAUUGUCAUCCCACGCCUUCCUUCAAACCCCUCCAGAGUGGACAGGCUCAUUGUUGAUUCGUUCCGAGAGCAUGCAAGAAUUCUUACACUGGUGGACAAGAUGGAGAAGCUGAGGGACAUCACAAUUCAUGCCAAUGUUCAGUCUGCUCUUGACAAGUGGCUGGAAGGUAUUCGCAAGGUACAAGCCAGACGCAAAGAAGAGAUUGUUAAUGCUGCCAACAGACACAGAGCUGGUAUCCCUCGUCAGCAGGAAGACAAAGAUGUUCUGGCUUUGGCAGCUAGUAUCAGUGAGCUUACAGCCCACACCAAGCGAGCCCGAACUGCCACCUGGUGCGCACUGCAGAUGGCUGACAAAGAAAAUCCACGCCUCUCCUCUGUUGCAGAUCUUGAUCUUGAUGAUCCUGUCAAGCUACGACCUUUCACAAAGCCAUCAGCAGAAGAAGAAGCUGCUUGUGCUGCAGCCUCAUCCUCCUCUUGUGACUUGGCCACUACAACAGCUGCUGCAGCAAUGAAGACACCAUUAUCAGACAUGCCAGUUUUGCUUACAUCCUCAGCAACUUCAGAAACUCUCAUUGUAGCAUCAGUGUCAGCAAGCAAAAUACAAGAAUAAAAAUCUUGCUGAGCAAGGGCAAGGUGGAAUUAACGUUAUAUCAUAGGAGGUGCAAACACUUGAUUAUUAUACCCUUUGAGGGUGCUUUCUAAAGAUUGGAAAUCUAUCGUAAAUGUUGCAAAUAUGUGAUUAUUAUGCCCCUUGGGAGUGUUUUUUGUGACUUAGCAAUGCUAGUUGAACUUUAGAUUUUAUGUUAGACUGAAAAGGAAGAAAAGUUUAAACCUACAAGCACAUUUUUUUCCUUGAACAAAAAUAUUGUGUAAAGAAGAUUCAUGGUUAUUUCAAUGUUUUCUUUGAAAAUGUUUACAGAGGUUAUGGUUGUGAUAAUUUUUCUUUCAAGUGAUAGCAGCAGUCACAAACUUGAUACUUUUGUUAAAUGCUUUGUUGUAAGAUCCAUUAUCCUUGAUAAGGGAUGGGCUUGAACACUUCAAAAACUACUGUCAGAGGGGUGAUGCUGAGGUUGUUUUAUGCUUAUGAGUUGUUAUUCAUUCCAGCCUGUAUGUCCCCUCACAAAGUUGAUUGUUUUAUUCCUGGACUCAGUAGAACAGACAGCAAAGGUACUGUUUCUCACUGGACCAACAAUAAGCAUAGCUAAAUGGCAGCCUGUUAAAAAUUUCAUUCCAGUGGGAAGAAAGGGAAGAGUGAGCUUAUAGCGUGCAGGGGGGAGGAAGAAUUGAUGUGUAAAUGCAAGGUGCACAUCCUGACAGCUUAUUUCUAUGAGAUUACUAAAAGUGCACAAAUCACGCCUCUUAAAUCAGUGUACUUCAUAUGUGGGUAUGUGUAGCUUACAAAGGAUGCUUUUGAUUUUGUGAGCUGGAUGUAUGCCUGUGCACUUUACACAUUCUUCAGUGUACUCGCACACACAGCAUAAUAAAAAUGUCACUUGUAGUGGUUAACUCAUUUAAUAAUUUUUGUGUCAGUUUUGAAAAAUGAAUCCUUGCAUGUUGUGCACAUUACAUGGAGUUGGAGAUACAGAUUACUCAUGAAUAAAGACUAUAGAAGACAUCUCUUGGAAGAGAAAUUUGGCAAUAGAGAUUUAAUAUUAUAGGGAGUUUAGAGAUACAGAUUACUUAUGAGCAAAGGCUAUAGAUGGUAUCUUUCAGAAAAGAAAUUGGGAGGAAGGUGUUAGAUUUUUUUUUAAAUCAUUAAAAAUGUAACCUAUUAGUGAAAAUUAGAAAUAAGGAAAUUAGCUGCAGAAUAGAGUAUAUUUUUAUGCUAGUACCUUUUAUAAUAUUGUUUUCUUUUUGCUAAUUUGCAUUUGUUGCAAAUGAUACACAAAGGUAUUACAUUAGAGUAAACAACUAGAUAAUUUCCUAAUUAGAAUAUUGCAAGAGAUGUAAAACACGAUUAUCUUCGAUAGUAAGGAGCCAUUUUUCAGGUUUUAUUUCUAAUUUCCUUACUUUUCUGUUUGUUUUUUCCUGUUAAACUUUGAAGAUGGAAUUGAAGGGGUUUUUUUUUGAGACGGUAUGGUGAAUGUUAGUUUAAUUAAAAUUUAAAACUUACUUUCAUGAACACAGCAGUACAGUGAGCUCCAUAUGUUUAGUUUCCGUAAUGUUAUCAGAUUAUGCAUUUGCAAAUAGUAUUGGAACAAAAUUAUCAGCUUUUUUAUUUAAAAAAUUCUUUUUAUCAAGGUUAACCAAAAAAGUGAAAAGAGCUGUUCCACAACCAUGGUUUUGAAUGUAACACUAUGGUGAAAAACAGUAAAUACUGACCUAAUUUCUGUCAUUGUUUGAACUUAAUUGUUUGUUGUUAGUUAGAAAGUAAUAAUAAUGCCAGUCUUUGAAAUUACUUGGAAUAACUGGUUACAUUCCAUUUGAUGCAAAGACCAACUGAGGGGGCAAGGGCUGAGAAUGGUAUCAAUUGUGGCAUGUUUUCCAAAAUGUUACAAGUCUUUCAUGUUUGUGCUCAAUACUGCAGCAGAAGGAUGUGAUAAGUAGCGACAGUACACUUACUGGCCAUAAGUUUACCCCCACCCCUUUUUAAAUCUGUUUUGUUUUCUUUUGCUGGGGUAGCACACUGUUUGGUUGUUUACUUAUUAGUCAUUGUAAAUGGAAGCCAAUACUAAAUUCCAGAAUGAAUUUGUGCGCUUCAGUGAUCAAGCAGGAAAUUAUCAGGGACUAAACUUUUGGUACAAUUUAGCACCGGGCUUUUAUCUGGCAAAUGUUUGUUUUUUAGUUUGAUUGUUGAAAAUUAAUUUUUUUAAUACAUUUCAUUUUGGCUUUAUAUUCAUGUGUGUAUGCAUAUGCAUGCACAUGUGCUGCUAAUAGAAAACCACCUCAGAUUUGUUUUAGUUGUUAGUGUUUAUUAGGAAAGUAGUGUUUACUAAUUAAUGACCAGCAGAACAGUAGAAUUUUGUUUGUAUCUUAUGAAGUGGAGACCAGCUAUGUUUUUGGUCUUUGUUGAAGUUAGUGUCUCAUUCUAAGAACACUUUGACAUUGAAGACACUAUUUUACAGAGUCUAUUUUUUAUAAAAGAUGUUCCAGCAACUGUAAACAGUAUUUAUAUAUUUUACGAUGAAGGAGAGAUGUGACUCAUGUUGUUGCAAAUGUGUCUUGUGCCAUUUUUCAUGGCCACACAUGCAGUGUGAAGACUGCUAAAUUAGGACAAUACUGUAUCCUAAUUGAAGCUGUAGUUGUCAGUUCUUAGAUAUUUUUUAGUAAUUAUCAUUCAAGUGAUCAAUUGUCUUGGUGUCAAAGAUGAUACUAAUGUAGAAUUGUUAAGCCUUUUAUCAUAUCAAAUGAAAAAGAAAACUAAUGGAUUUUGACCAGAGCAGCACCUAAUAGCUUUUCCACAUUUGUUUGUAAAAUUAAUGCAGAUAUUAAAAGCGAAAUCUGUAAGUCAUUUUCAGUUUUUUAAAAACAUUCCAGUCACUUCUUUUUUAACAACCAUUCCACAUCUGGUUUGUAUAAAUAAUAGGGAUAUUUUAUUUUGUUAAACAAUCUGCACAAAAUUUCUUCCUUUGAUUCAAAUUUUUAAAACUUUUUUUUUUAUCAAUUCCUAUAAAAAAAAGGAAAAAACAAUUGAUUCUAUUAUGAACUUCUUUUUUUAUUACAUGCCACUUUCCUUUCUAUGGUGUUAACAUUAGAAUCCAGAGUCCAUCAUUGUUCACCGUUUGUAUCAACGAAAAAGAGACCCCUUAGAAAUGAAAUUAUGGAGUAUUGCUAGUUAAUGUUAAAAGCAAAAAGAUAUUUACUUGUUCAUAUUAGAAGAGAUAAAUGUUUCUAUUCACAGAUUAACAUUCCUCAUAAAACUAUUGCAUUUGUUUUUGAGUUUUGAAAAAAAACACUGUUCUUUAAAAGAUAAAAUAAUUUUAUACAGGUUAAACUAUGAAAAUUUUAUGAUUCAGGGCAUUCCAUUGUUGAAAUGUUUGAAGUAACAGUUUAAAUCAGUGGAUCAUUGUGUAUAAGUGUUCUUGUGACUUGUGAAACUAUUAGCGCUCAAGUAACCUUUAAGAACUGCGCACAGGUGUAGAUUUGGGCCUUGUCAAACGUAUGGCUGAUUUUUAUUUAAUUUUGUUGACUGCAAGGUUUACAUAUUCUGUAUUGUGUGAAGUUAUUAUUUUUGUAUUGUCAUGUGUCACAAGAGAUGAGGUAGUUUUAAAUGAAGCUUGAUAUUUAAAGCACCAUCUGGUGCUGAAAAUGGAUAGAUAGUUCAUUAAUAUCUGGCUGAAUGUUCUACAUUUAGUUGAAGGGUGUUGUGUUGUGAAGUGUUAGUCUAUGGUUCAUUUCUUUUUCUGCCAGCAUAUGUCACCAUUGGAGUAAAUUUUACUAUCCAUUGUAUGGUUUCAUGGUAGUGCUUAGCUUGUGGCUUGCAAUAGCUUGUUCUUUUCUCAGUGUUUUCUAGUGUUGGUCCCAGCAGAGCUGCUCUCUGAAUAUACUUGGGUGGGUUGGGCUUGUGAAGGUCCUGAUUAGCAGAGCACUUUAUUACUGAAUGUUUCUUCUAAAGGGACUGCUCUGUUAUAGGUAUAUAACAGUUUAAAACUUUUGUAGGAGACCUUUAUCUAGAUAAAAUCUGUAACUUAUUGAGAUUUGUAACAGAUUUUCGUUAAAUGCAUAUUAUUGUCAUUUUUGUUCUUUCCUAUUUUGAAGACAGAGUGAGAUAAAAGAGAGAUCAAACCUAUGUAGAAUAUGUUUCUGAAUUAAAUGUGUUAUGCUAUAUUCAGAGAACAGCUGUUUAGGGAAGAUGUUUUUCAUUAUUGAGCAAAUGAUCAACGAAUAAGAAUUGUCUGAAUAUACACCAUGUAAGACAUGACCAAAUUAGUGUUUGCAAACAGGACUUUUAAGUGAGCAGAAUUUCCUGUUUUUCUAAACGUUAGUUGUUUUCAAUCUGUGACCUUGUACAGUUUGUUGGUGUUUGUUUGCAUUUGAGGAAAAAUUACACAGAAAAAUUUUUCACAAUUGAUGUAUCUUACAUAACUGUGUGGUAUACAGUUGUUAACAAAAGAAAAGGUCUCCUUUCUUAAUGGAUUGUAAUCUUUCACAGGACUGUCAAUUUUAAUAUUGAAUCUUGGAUAAACAGUUAAGUCUAAAUCACUUAAUCAUGCUUCUUCCAGGAAAUAAUCUUGAGCCCACUAGCAAAAGCAUCCUUUCUGUUAUGAACUUUGCUAUUCCACAAUGAUAUUAUUGCUGAUUUACAAAUCCACAACUGAAACCGUUUCUUUUAAUCAUUUUUUGUUUUAUCUUAGAGGCAAACAUUUUACAGUUAAUUUUUUUCAAUUGUUUGUGACUUUUUCUUCUUGCUUAUCUUAGUGCUUGCUUUUUUCUAGUCAUGAGAGGUUUUAUUUGCAGAUCUCACCAGUUUUUCCAACUGUCUCACUUUUCAGAAAAUGGGUGAUGAAGUAUAAAGCCUAUCUUCCCAUAGUUUGAGGACUAACAAGAUCAGAAUUUACUAUUUUUCUAAACUUUUGUUUUUAUGAUGGUAUUAAUCAUAUUUUAUGUGCAAAAUAUUGUUCAUGAAUUAUGUCAGAGUUGUCCCAGAUUCCUCAACUAUUCUCAAACUCCUACUUUUCUGCCCCAGCCUUUGUGACAGUACACACAUGCCAUGUGAGUAGUAUUUAGUAAAUAAUAAGCAUUUGUAACAGCAACAUUUCCAGAUAGUAUUUUAUUGCAUAUCCAUUUGUUACAAUGAAUUUGAUGUCUUGAUUUAAUGGAGACAUGGUAUGUUGGAAAAUAUGGCCCUUUAGAUAAUCUCAAUAUAGCAUAUAUUUUGAAGCCAGGGGCUCAGAUGAAUUUCUGGAGGAGUCAUUCACUCUGCCACUUUAUUGUCAGUGCUUAACUUACUGUUUCACUGAUAUGUGCUCUUGACAUGUCUGUGAGUUUAAACUCAUUCCUCCUUGGCUUCCCAGACCUGCCACUUUUGCUCAGGACUAAAUGGCACUUGAUGACUAGGCUUUGCAGAAAGAUCAUUUUUGAAAGCCUUGUGUAUCUGUGUAGUAUAGUGUUUCAUCAGCCUUGAAUGAAAAAUGGGUGACAGUGUCUUAUAUAAGGCCAGGUUCAUGGAAUCAUGGAAUAUUUGUAUUUCAGUUGAAAUUUUCUUUAUGCUGUUUGUCUACCAAGUUUUGUUUAUUUAUGAUUGAUAUUGUGAGGGUUUUGGUGGCUGUUUUGACUUAUGAUGCCAAAAUAUUUGCUGGCUUGAGAAAAUGGCAGUUUCAACAAUCUGUAAACUCUUUUCCAUCAUCUUGUACACCAGAGAAUGUCAGGGUGGUUCCUAAUAGUUGAACCCUGCUGCCCACUUGGUGUACCAUUCAAACAUGAAAGCUGUAUAUUUUCUUAUAGGUUUUGCUGUCUCACAUAUUUUGCUGGUUUUUCGUAAUGUGAUUGUGUGUUCACUUAGCAAAAGUAUUGUGAUAUCUAGUGACAUGCUUUUGCUUUUUAUGGUGUGAUUAACACUAACCAGUCUUCUUCAACUAAGGCUGUCAGAUUGUUUUCAUGAUUAGAAAAUUAAAAAGAUUUUAUCAUAACAAGAGACCUUUGUGCCUGUCAGCACAAUGCAGAGCACAUAUAUUCAGAGUACAUGGUUGUCUUGCUUGAAGAUUUUUUUAAUGAAAAAAAACUCAAAAAUGCUGUGCAAUGCUUUUGGCUGUUUGUUGUGAAUUGCUUUUAUAUUAGGUACCCAUAGGUGUCAUUUAUCUCCCAUCUUAGGUUUCAUGGCAUAGACUUUUUUAAAUGUGUAAUAUCCUCAUCAACUAGUGGAUGUCAUAAGUCACACAUAUAACUCUUCAUAACUUGUUUUCAAUAUAAAUCUUAGAUAUUAUAUUAUGUUCACAUGUGUGAAUAUAUGGUACUAUUUUGUGUUUGUCAUAAAAACUUCUGUAAACUGUUGUAAUCAGAAUCAAGACAAAAUUUUGGAGUUAAAAGUUAUAAGUAAUACUUUCAUGCUGGUAUAAUAUUGGUCACCAUAUAUUCUUACCUUUUAGACAAUCAGAGGCUUUGUCCUACAAAAUCCCACAUGUUUCCUUGUAAAGCGAUAUUUUGUUCCCUUUGUCUUAGAGUUUAGGUAAUGUGGUGGCAUUUGUAAAAAUGUUGGCUGUAGCAAUGACCUGCACUAUCUUAAGACCUCCUUUAUUAUUAGUAUUAUUUUAUGUGUAUGGGUUGUGAUCACACAGUGUGUUCAAAACUGGGUACAGAUCUACAUUUCUGAUUUGCCUGUUUUCAGUCAUACCUAUAUUACUGAAGUCCAUGUCAAACUACUUGCGUUAUUAGUAUUGAAUAGUAGCAUUGAACUUUUUUUUUUUUUAGCCUGCAUUGCAAUACAAAAGUUGUUACUGCCUCACCAAGAGCAGCAAAAAGUUGAUCGAAUAAAAACUUAACAAUCAGUACCAAAAAAAGUGAGUGCACAAGUUUGUGCUGGUGAAGUUUCUUGCUCCAGCUGGCAGUUAAAGCUGUACGAUGUCAUGAAAAAUAUUUUUACUAUGGUCCAUGUGGUUAUGUGGUUUAAUUACUUGAUGUUGUAGCCCAAAUACCUUUAAUCUUUCACAAUUUAAAAUGUACAAUUUCAUUAUACUUCAAGGGCAUUUAUUCACCAUUUUCAUGUGUUUGUAUAGAGAAGGCAAGAACUUUCUCUACUAUAUGUAUAUAUUUAUGCUGGCAUCUGUCUCGUCUACUGUGUGCUUAUAAAGACAAGUAGAGCACAAUCCAUGUGACAUCCAUGGCAAGAAGAUUUCUGAUUAAUUUAAACACCUUUUCAUUAUGUAAUCAGAGUUCUGAUGGUUGCAGUAUUGUGACUUCUGUAUAGGUUGUAUUUUUUAAACUGUGAAAACUGUAUUAUGAGUCUGUUUUUGAAAAUGUUAAUCACAGAAAUAGAAUGUCAUAGUUAUUUCAGAUCAAAAAUUCAUUUCUGUUCUUUUCUUUUUUCUUUUUUUUUUGAUGUAAUGCUAUGAUUCAUGAGAACAGGUUGAAGAAGGUUUCUAGCAGCUUUGAAUCGGAGAUGUGUAAUGGCAGCAGUUAAGAUGACCUCCACCCAAGAGCAGUUGGCUGUUAUGAAAUUUUGAUCUGAAACACACUGUCACUGAAGAUAUUGAUAGAUUUGUUAUCAGACAAUGUUAAGUAUUUUUGGAUACAUCUGUUUUGCUUCAAAGUGCCAACUGUAAGACAUUUUCAUAGAACUGCUUGUGCUUUUCAAAACAAUUUUUCAUCAUUGUGUAUGUUUUAUUCUGAUUGCAUUCUAGAAGAUAGCUUUCUGCUUACAUAUUCUGCUUAACUGAUAAACUGUUUUUCUUUUAAAGUUGUAUUCCUUAGAAUGCAAAGUUUCCUAACACAUCCUGAAAAAAAUCUGCUGUUAGAUUUGUUUUAUUAUUACAAAGGCAUGUUUCAGAUUAUUUUUUCAUUGAAGCACUGUGCAUGAUUUGAAAUUCUUAAGAGAAAUUUCUAUUAACUCCAGUAUAAAUUGAGCUUACUAGCUACCUUUUGCACUUCCUCUCAUCCUGCUUAACAUUCUACAUUCUCUAUUUUCUUCCACAUCUACUUCAACAAUAUCAAGAUAUUUUUAAAGAUAAUAAAAAGUACAAAGUCAUUAUACUAGGCAGUAGUGAUUAAACUAUUUUAUUUUGUUAAUUAUGCAUACAUACACAUGAAUUGCAUAUACAUAUGUGCAUGCAUAAAUUCUCACACACACAUUCCUCUACUAACAAAUCUGCUUUCGAUUUAUCAUCAGAUAAUUGUAGAUUUUGGGAGUGCUAUGUGGUAAGAAUAUUUGUAAGGGAAAAGAGAAAACAUAAAGGAGAUCAUGCAUAUACUUUUUAAUUUCAAGAUUUUUGUGUGUGUGAUUUACUUGUUGAAAUCCUGAACUGAUUUUUAUAAUGGCUUAUAGCAUGUGCUGUUAUUUCCACAUUGACCUAUACAAGAUAUAGCUAUUGCAACAUGAGGAAGAUGUUUUUGUACUGUAAAUCUUCUAUCUUAUGCUAUCCAUAUCUCAAAAGCAGACAUCUGAUACUUGAUUAUACUUUGAAAGUCUCAACAGAAGAAUUUUUUUUCAUGAAUUGAGACUUGAGAGGCAGCAAUAUAACCCCAUUUCGAACAAGUAGUUUUGUUCUAAACUAUUAGAAAGUCUAGACUACCAAUAGAGAAAUGACUUAAGGAGCUUACUUUAUCUUUUGCUGCAUUAAGAAGAACUUAUUUAGCCAUCUAGCUAGGUGCUUUCUGUGUUUCACCAGAUAUAGCUGUGAACAUAUCUUUUGGCGACCUUAACUAGCAUUAGAUAUUUUGGAUGUUUAUGGCCCUUUAGUAGAAAUUGUGUAGUGCUAGUUUCUAACAGUAUAUAGUGUUUGUAAGGUUUGUGAUGGUUACAUAUGCCGCUCUGAUGGUUUUGCGAAGUGAACCUGAAUGAAGUCAGGUAUGAACCAGAGGCAGAUAUGAUCUAGUUAAAUGACUAUAUUUUUCAUGGCUGAAUGUUUAGGAGCAGCUUAUGACAAAACCCAGCCUUACCUUUACUUUGACCACAGUAAUCUAUAGUUUAGCUUUAUAGUUGGCAGGUUAACCAAUAAUUCCACAAAAGCCUGACUGAAAAUGGGACCUAAAAGAAUCAGUCAUUUGGAGAACUUGACAUUAUUUUUGAUACACUCAUAUUUGUGGAAUGUGCUGCAGCUGCACCCCACAUUCCACUCCCCACUUUCCAGACUGAACCCUUUUUUUUUACAUCACCUUGCUGCCCUUGCUCUCAUUUGUUUCUGCAAAAGUCUAUCCUAUUAAAUCCAGUUUUUUGCUGUUUAUCUACUUUUUUCCUGUGUUUGGUAGCAAGCAGCAUGUCUUCUUUCAGAGUGUUGAGAUAAAAUAGACAUAUAGUUCCUUUUGUACCUGAACGAAGGUAGUGUCAGUUUUGCUUGAUCAAGCCAUCAAAGAAAGAUCAAUUGACAUUUUAAAUCGUGUACUGAUUAUUAUCUGUGUGAGGGCAAACUGGCUUAUUUUUCUUUUUCAACUCAGUCUUCUAGAAACAGAAAUUCAAGUGAUUUAAGUCUCAUUCUGAAAAAUUUUUUUUUUCUUUUUGGCAGCUUCUUCCCGCAUUCAUCCAUUUGAGUUAAUGCUAGAAUGUAUUUUGGAAAAUCGGGUUUAGAAUAUUGCAGAUAACAUUAUACUGUGAAGCUGUAAGACUAGGCGUUACAUUUUUGCUGAUCCCAGGUUACUUUAAUCCUUUAUGGUUGGAGGAAAUGAGUUAUUUCUUCCAAUGGCAUUGAAGACAAUGAACUGUUCAAUGACUAAUGCUCUGUUACAAAUAUUUGGACCAGCAAAAAUAAAAUCAGAAACCACCCCCUUCACACUCCCAACCCCUGCAAAAGAAAACCCGUCAAGAUCUUGUGUAUAGCUUUUUCAUAGUAUUUAUGAAGAACUGACUGACAUUACUUUGUAGUGAGCUAAUAAGUUGGAGCUGUAGAUUUAGAACUACAGAUUUAUUGAGGCUUCUUAAGUUAAAUGUUAAGUACAAUGAUUCUUACAGUCCCAUUGCACUUUGACACAGGAUUUAAGUAGUGUGUGUUCUAUGUUCUCUGUUUCAUUUUAGGUCAAUGGUUUGCUUUUGAAUGUCGCUUGACUAUUAUUUCUGUACAUGAGUAAGAAUCGGUUGUUUUGUAGAGUUAACUUUGCACCGGGUUACCCAUUUUAAGGGGUAUUAGUGCUGCACUGCACAUGCUUCUAGUUGCAACAAAUUGUGUGAAGGAACAUUUGGAAAACAAAUUUCCUAAUUUGAAACCAUUUAGUUGCAGGUGAGAGUUCUUUCUACUCCCACCAUAGUGUAGAUAUGUUUUACCUAGUAACUUAUGGCCGCCCGGUAUUUGAUGAGUAAGCUGACAAGAUAAUCAUUGCAUUGUUAUUUGUGGAGUGUCUUUCAGUGUGCACAUCAAAAGCUAGUCUCUUGAAACAAAGUGAUCUUUGGUGUGUAGGAUGCUAUAGUAUAAAUGUAUCAGCUUAUACAUGUGUAUGUAUUUAUACAUUUUGUGUACAUUACACAUGCAUUGUAAUAAUUACAUAUAAUAUAGUGCUACUUCUAAUCAUGCAGUUUAUCCAGACGUUGGUUGAGGGUAAACUGCUUUGGCAUGUAUUGUACAGUUUAUAUUGAUCUGGUGUGAUUUUCACUGGAACUGCUCUUUUAGCUCAUCUGUGAUCAGAUGCCUCUUCCAGCAUAUCUGAAAAGUGUUUCUGAUAUUAAGUCAGUUGUCUUCACCAAACAAUAGCCACAUCAAUAGCAGGACCUGUGUGUGUGCACCUGAAUGUGUACCUAUAUGCAUAUUUUCAUAUAGGUUUCUAGAGGGUUUUACUGGGUUUCAUUUCUGCCUGUAAAUGCUGCAGCCAGUAGUCCUUGCAGUGAUCUUUUUUCUUUUAUAUUAAAACCUGUUGCAGAACUGGUGUCAAGUUGUUGCAUCUUUGUUCUUGUCAGCCAGUGCUGCCAAAAAUAUUUUUAUGCUGAAAAAAAUUGAGAGCUUUUUGGGGUUUUUUUGUCCUUGAUACUGAUAAACUGAUUGUGGUGGCUUUUUCCCAGAUUGAUAAUCUCAUAUCAGGCUUCAGUUCUAUUCUGUGGUGGAAAAAGGUUUUUUAGCUUUGAGACGGAAACACUUGUAAAAGGUCAGAUUCUGCUGAUUGGAGGUUUUUCUAAUGUGAGAGUUAUCUUAUGCAUCAUAACCAAGUUGGCAACAAGCAUUGUUGCCUAAAGAAUAACCACAUAUGCAGGAUAAAGUGUGUUGCUAUUCUUUUCCUUUCCUGUUUGUCUCACUACAUUUUUUGUUGCUUUUUUAUGGUCACCCAGGUACAAAGAAUUAUGCACAUCCCUGUUGGAAUUUUGACUGUCACAUGUGUUUUAAUUUUUGAAAAAUAGAAAAACAUCUUUAGGAGUUUGUGUUGUGAAUUGAGAAUAGUUUGGUAAAUUAUUUUAGUCUUGAAUUAGCAUUCUAUGUAUUAGUGCAUUUUAUUUUAGACCAAUCAGAGAUUCUUUUAUUCCAAGAUGCUGUUGUGAUGUUUUAAAUAAGCUGGUUUUCAUGGUGAUACAAUUUGUUGCUGUUAAAAGGGAAAAAAAACAAAGAUCUGAAAGAGUUCUGCCAAUGUGAUUUCUCUUGUAUUUCUAGAAUUUUUUUAAAAUAUCAGCUGGUAGAAAACUGGCUGAAUUGCUGGCACAAAAAUACAAGGAUGUUGUUCCUUAUUGAUGUUCUGUUGAUAGUGCUUCACACUUUUUGUUUGUAGUUAUGUCUCAUCUAAUAAACUUGCUUCAAAGAGCUGAUUGCUCUUUUACUUUGCACAGUUCUUUGUUCUUACAAAAUACUUGUGGGUUUUGGCCUGGCUUGUUUGAUGCCGGCUCAUUUAUUCUCCUAUGUUAUGGUCUUAUUAAAAAUCAAAAGCACAUCAAUCUUGUGCAGCUUUGUCCACCAGCUCCACAUGCUUACAGGCAUGUAUGCUCAUAUCAAUGCAAGUGGUGACAUUGGUUUUUUUUUUUCUUUUUUGCCUUCUGAUGGAAAAUGUUGUAUCUGUCAUGUUGCUUUCCAUUUACUAAAUGCAUGGUUGAAGCAGUGAACAAAGAGAUAUUUUCAUGGUAUGGAUUCAGUGCAUUUUAACAAGACAUGCAAGAGUUUGUUUGUGUGGCCUGAAUUGUUUCAGUGUAGUUGUCAUAUUAACCCCCACUCUUCACCAUUACCAACCUUUACUUUUGCUUUUGGCUUUUCGUAGCCAUGGGGCCCUGUUUCAAAAUUUGCAGCAUGUGUAAACCUUUUUAAGCUAUGUUGCACCCAUUCAAGUGAUAGGAGCUAUAUAGCUAAAUUCAUGAAAGUGGCAGUGGCCUCAGGCUGAAAUCAGAAAAAAAGAUUGGUUUUGCAGAAGGCUGUGGUGAAGGGUGGAGGUGGCUCUUAGCAAAGCAGCAGUGUGUCAUUCAGUUCUGAUAGUGUGCUGACCAUUUGAAAUGACUGAUAACUAUUGGGCCAUAUGCACAUGCUUUGUGCUUGAUGGUUGUAUAUGCAUGUUGUUACUAGGCUGUUGAACAGUAUCGGCAUGUGGCUGUACAGCUAACAUCGUAGAUGGCCCAGUGAUCAAAUCUAACACUUUUGGAGACUGCCUGUUGCCUUUGUUCCUAUAAGCUGUUUUGAUUUCCUUUUCUUUCAUUUCUUUGCUUUUGAGCUAGUACUACAUUUGAAGUUCUUCAUGCCAAAAAUUUACUUUAAAGCACCAUGUCCAUGCCUGACUUAAUGCUAAGAAGAUUAGUAGAGAGGUAAUAUUCUUGAAAGGCUGCCCGUGAGCUGCUCACUGCAGCUGAAUGCAUGCUUAGUUUGAAGAACACAAAUAGUAAAAUUAUAAUCAUUAUCUCCAUCCAAAUUUUUGUUGUUGAAAUAAAAAAAAUCAAAAUAUAUUUCUGUUGAGUAGUUAUUGCUAGUGAAUAUUCCCUUUCUCUGGGAAGCCAGCUGCAUAUACUAGAUUUCUUGUUCAAACCUGACUUUCUGUCUUCAGUGUAGUUCUAUAGCUUGAGAGUAUCUCCAGUUUUUGCCAUUCAAAGACAAACUUGAGAAAGUCAUGAAAUUUUCUGCAGGCCUGCUAGUACUUUUGAUGCGAGGUUGCAGAUUUGUCCAUGUGGCUGUUUGUUCUACCUUGAUUUGCUGGAAAUGUAAAUGGUUGCUAUUUAUAGUGCAUAAAUGCAGCUAAUGUUGAGCUAGCUACCUGCAAUGUGUUUAGUGAAAAUCAAGGUGGUGUGUUUGUUGAUGACCAUCUGGCUAAAAAGACAACAUAUUGGCAAGGAUCAGCCAGUCUGUACUUAGCAAUCCCUGGAAGGUAUUAAAUAAUAGCUGCAGUAUGUAUAGGUACAUUGCUGAGUUCCAGUUACAUGACUGCCACCCAGAUACAACAGAUAAAAUCAGAAAUGAAAAAGAUAUUCUAUUGCAGGGUUUUUAUUUUGAUGAAAUAGUCUUGAGAUUCAUAACAGGUGAAAGAAUCUGGGGCUAUUAACUGGAAUUAUGAAGUAACCUAUAUGACUGUACUUAAAAUAAUUUACUACUUGACUAGCUUUGUUUCAAAACAGCCAUUAAAUCAAAUUGCCAGUAGUGCAGUACCUAUAUAGCAUAGUGAGACAAAAAAUAAAAGAAGUUCUUAUUGAUGGUUUUUUUUUAAACUCUUCAAAUGUUUUUCUAAGUGAAAAUUUCCCACCAUUGCUUUCCUGGAGACUUCAUGCAUAUCAAGAAUACAUCACCACAGGAAUUAUCAAAAUCUGGUGCAUAAGUGUGCAGUCUGUGCCACAGGAAAUAUCACAAUUAGUUGGAAAAGUGUGUUGUCUGUAUCAUGCCCAGCAGAAAGAGAAUAUGGUUGAAGGAAAUGAUAAAAAUGCAAGAUGUAACAAGGUGUAUCGUGAAAAUGAACUGUAACUAUGCUUUUCUGCUUUCAUUAGUGCUUUGUGUCACGUUGUAAACAAUGUCGGAGCUAUUCUUAACAUCGAAAUUUUCAUUUAAAUGACCUGUAGCUAGAUUCACUGAAGAGACAGUUGCUUUUCUUGGAGUGAUUUUCGAUGUGCUUAUGAUGUUCAUGACAAUGCUCCAACCAUUUUUCUUGUGAGCCAGAAAAAAAAUGGAUAUUUUUAUAUGUAUAAACUUGUGUAUGAGCACCUGACUUGGCUGAUAAGGUUGAAAAAACAGCAGAAUACACUGCUUGUUUGAACAAAAGGAAAAAAACUUGAGUCAGUUUCCUCAGUGCUCUUUUUUUUGGUUGUUCUUUUAUUGUUUUCUUUCUGUUUAAUUUUUAAAUAUUUUUUGUUAUUUUUUUUAUUGAUGUAGCGAGGAGUUUGUUAAGAGUGCAUGGCUGGCAGGACCAAAGGAGGCAACGUAGCAUCAUUUAAAGAAAGAAAAGUAUGCAUUAUAUCCGCGUUCAGCACUGAGUUCACACCUGUGCAAUGUAGGGGAAAGAGGUAAAAUGACAUGGUGAUAUUCUUAGUCACCGCGAAUUGAUGAGCUUAUAUAUUUAUGGCUUCUGGAUGAAUCAGGUUAACAGUAAUAGUUGGUUGAAACUCAAGAGCUGAUAUGAAAAUACCUAUUUUUUAAAAAAUAUAGUUUAGUGUCCUGCCUGCAAAGAGAGAGGCUUAGAAGCGUGUUGAGGUUUAGCUAUGCAAUGAAUGAGAGGACGUUUUGAAGAGUCUGGAACGAAGGGACAGCUAUGCAGCAAAUGAGGACGAUGGGUAGAAGAGUGUGUAUGCUGGCAGUUGAAGACAGAAAGUCGCAUAUAGCAUCAGCAGUGUCAGUUGAAGGUAGCUUUCCUGUUCAUCAUGUUGCAAUUAGCAAAAUUGUCAUGCCUAUUUUUCUUAAUGUUACAAAUUAUCCCAAAUAAAGGCAUGGUUGUUUGAAAAAAA